AUGGCGCUCUUCGAGGUCGAAGAGGAUUUUCAUUGUAAGCAAAGUAGGCCUCCUCUAGCAAUUAGAGGUAGUGGGAUUUUAAACCAUGCGACAAAUGUUUAUACUCACAAACUUUUCAAAUUGUUUGAGGAGGAGUUCAAGAAUGCCAUAGGAAAAUUUUGGUUUGAACGAUCUUCGAUGGUGGUGUUUAUGAAUUUGAGGUUGGAGGAAUGGAUGGCUCGAGGAUCCGUCAUUGUGGAUGGUAAGAAUGAUGAUUAUGAGAUAGUUUAUCGAAAUAACAUGAUGCGAAAUGCUUACAAUAUCAUCUUGAAGAGUCAAGGAAAUGUAAAAGCAAGAAAGAUUGUUCAAGAUGGACUAAAGAAGAUUGAUAAAGCUAUUGAGAAUGAAUUGGCCAAAUUGAGCAUUUCUUUAGAUGGUCAAGAAAUGGAAAAUGAAGUGGGUGAUGGGCAAAAUAUAGAAAAGACACUUGAUGUUAAUCCUAUCUUGAACCCCCUCGUGCAAAGACCAAAGGUGUCUCCAAUGCAAGAUUCAAAGGAUACUUAG